UCAAACGUGGCGGCGGACAGUGCGACAGGGAAGGAGUGGCCGUGACGAUCUGUCAUUACAUUGCACUGGAGUAAUUCCAAAUAUUUCAAUUACAUGAACAAUUGAUAAACAAACGUGUGUCAAAGGUGAAGAGUACAUCACUGUCCAGGGGAUUAUCAGCAUUUUCUCGUUAAAAUGUCGUCUUCGGGUGAUUUUGGUAACCCGUUGCGUAAAUUCAAGCUCGUCUUUCUGGGGGAACAAAGUGUUGGAAAAACAUCGCUCAUAACGCGAUUUAUGUACGACAGUUUCGACAACACGUAUCAGGCCACCAUAGGUAUAGACUUUUUGAGUAAAACCAUGUAUCUCGAGGAUAGAACAGUGAGAUUACAAUUGUGGGACACUGCUGGACAAGAACGAUUCCGUUCACUCAUUCCCAGUUACAUCAGGGACUCCACUGUUGCUGUUGUGGUUUACGAUAUUACCAAUGCUAAUUCAUUCCAUCAAACGUCGAAGUGGAUCGAUGACGUGCGAACAGAGCGAGGUAGUGACGUUAUAAUAAUGCUCGUUGGCAACAAAACAGAUUUAAGUGAUAAACGACAAGUAUCGACUGAGGAUGGUGAGCGCAAAGCUAAGGAGUUGAAUGUUAUGUUUAUUGAGACAAGUGCUAAGGCAGGAUACAAUGUCAAACAGCUGUUCAGAAGAGUAGCUGCUGCCCUGCCUGGCAUGGAUUCGACAGAAAACAAACCACCAGAAGACACGGUCGACCUGCAGAAUCAAUCACCGAUGCAGAAUGGAUCGGAGUCGGAGGGGGAGAGUGGCUGCAUUUGCUAGGAAGACAAUGCUAACGAACAAAUAAAUAAUGAACAAAAGAAAUAAUACAACCUACUGGCGAAACGUCAAUUCUCGUGCGACGUAAUGGGAAUGCAAAUUACCAAUUUUUUUUUGUCUCAACGAGACAAAUCCAUAGCUGACAGGUCGAUCGAGCCCAGAAGUUGUUGCACAAUCGAAGAAACAAAUCAAUGACCCAAAGAUCUGAAGAUGGGGAUUGUAGGGAAUUAAUUAUCGUUUAAGUGUGCUUGUACUGUUUUGAGCAAAAAAAUGUGAGAUUCUGGUGGUGAUGGACAAAAUUGGGAGAUAAUAAUUUACUAUAUGAUAUUAUAUUUAAGCCCUCAGCCAUAGCGGUUUAUUUAUUCAUUCAUUCAUGGGAGUUUUAUCUACUCUAAAUUUCAAAGUAGUAAAACCGAAAAGGGAUCUCUAGAAUUUUAUAAACACUAGUUCCACUGCGAUGUAUUUUAAAUUGCAUGAUUGUUAUUAAUAUUUUUUUAUUCCUAGCAAUUGAAUUAGCAGAAAAUGAUGGGAAUAAUUUCCCAAUUGUCUUAAACCACCAGAACCCUUGAGAUUGAUAAAGCCCUGUGAUACAAUUGUCUUUGGAACGAUAGAGACCCAUUUGAUACGUGAAUUUCCACCAAACGAGUCCUAGUAUUUCGAUACCCAGACAUAUCGAAACGAUCGAUUGCACCCUCUUUGCUACGUAAUUAAACCCUUCAAUUAUCCUCAGAAUUCGAGCAUUUCAGUGCUGUAUCGUUCCAAAAGUAUCUUCACUCGGUGACUGCUUCGUGUUCUGGCAGGCUGAGGAGAUCAAAAAAAAAAAUGUAUGAUCUCGCACGCGAAUUAAAUUACACUGUGCAAAAGCGUAUUUAUGGGGGAGAGAGAAAAAGUAAUGAAUAAACGCUUUCAAAGGAUCACUUGAGCCCCAAGAAAUUCUGCAAUCGAGUGUAAUGAGGAGAAAAUAUACUUUAUCUUUUAUUCCACUCGAUUCCAGAAUUGUUAGGUUUAAUCUAAGAGACUGAAUGUUUUUUCGUACUUUCAUCACGCCAGUAUCUAAGAGUAGUCGAUAGAAGUGAAGUUUGGGCUGUAAAAAAUACAGAUUAAUAUACAGGGAUGAUUCAAUUACCCGGAUAAUUGCCCUCACUUAGGUGAGAGAAAAGGAACAUUUGAUUUUCAAAUUUGGAAAGAUGUGUGAGAAUAUUUUAUGGAGGAACUGAGUUCAUUUUCCAGGCAAUGCCAUGAAAUUUGAAUUUCUACUUUCUCUCGGAUAUCUAAUCGAAAUAAUUGAAUACUCUUUAAUUUUCCUUUCCUGGAAAAAGUGCUCAGCUCUUUCUGACAUUUUUCCAUGCCUCACUUGUUAAACAUUCUGAUUAAUGAAAAGAAUUCAAUUUGCCUGUGUGAUGUUAGCUUAAAAAUGUAAAAGACAAAACACCAAUUUGCUUUAACUCAGCCGAAAAGAAAAUUGCACCCUUUUUACACUAAACAAGGAUGAUGAAAACGAAUAAUAAAACGUGGAAUUUAUAAUUGACGGUAGGUGAAGUGAUGAUAAAAUAAUUAUUUUCUAGUCAAUCCCACUGAUUAAAUUCACGUCGAUCACCCGGUUAUAAUUUUUAUCGUAGUGGGAGUAGAUCCCCCAGGAAAACUAAGGAAAAUACAAAAAAAAAUCUAGAGAUUAUUCUUUAGCUUAAAAGCUGCAUAGUUGUAGCGCACGCAUUAAGCCACUUACAACCUCAUUACUGUUUCAUCGUCUAACCAAAACAAUGGAAACUAUUUCAUUUACCACUUCUGGCAAAUUCGAACUGGAAUUGUAUGUCGCAUUUAACAAAAUAAAAUGAAAAACUGUGAAAACAUUA